GAAGGCUUGCAUACACAGGUGUGCCAAGAUGCUUUACUUAUUGUUAUUUAGCUUAACCUUAAGCCCACGACAGGAGACAAUUAGGCUUUAAGGACUAUUGCAGAACCAUGGCGUGCGCUUUCGCAGCACGUUUACCAUGCUAACUUUCUAGACUAUAGAGCCCAAGCACGUUGCUCAUCUUAUUAUGAUGCUUUUGCCACCUGCUCUGGGGCUAGCGGCAAGCAAUUCAUUGCUAUGGACCCUAUUUUGCGGCGUAUGUUCACUCCUACUGGCGUUGUGGCGGUGGCCCCGUCGUUACCGCGCGCCUGGCGUAAACGUUGAGGACGUUGCAUAUCAGGAAGCAUGGCAAAGCGCUUGUGGCGCUAACGGAAGGGGAGCAAGCAAGACGCCCGUAACAAUACCGCAAAGCCAGUCGCCUUCCAAGAAGCUGUGGGCGACAAGCCGCGAAGGCUCGCAGCCCCAAGGUUCGGGGGAGCUUGUACACCAGCUGGACGCCAUAGCCAGCGACAGCGAUUACCCAAAGCUUGUACUCCUUUUGGGCGCUUUGGUCGAGGAUUGCUUCAAGGGCCCAUCGGAAGUGGAACACUUGUGCGACUUGGGUAUUGCGCAACCGUUCGGGCGUGUUGUGCGAAGCCUUACACACCGCCUGGAGGAGGUCUAUGGUGGCUCAGUUGGGCGGCAGCCGGCGUCAUGCCAACCUGCAGCUGCGACUCCCUUGCCCUCCGAGCUGGCGGAGUUGGGAGGAGGCGAGGCAGACACUUCGACCACUGACCGGGCGCUGGGCGCGGCAUGCCUCCAGGCGAGCUGGCUGCUGGUGCAACUGGCCGGCGGGUCGCUGCACGCCAAGCGGGCGGUGUGCAGCGGCGUCACCCCCGGCAACAUCGCUGCCUUCAUGUCCGCAGCGGCGUGCGAGGACCUGGUGCUGCCCGCCAGCGCCCCAGCCUCCAGCUGCGGAUCACUCCCGGGGUCCUCGGGCUCCGCGGGCCCUUGCAGCAACGGGACGGACAGCCAGCACUCCCGCGCCAGUCCCGCCGGGCCUUGUCCGCAGCAGCCGCCUCAGCUGCCGCACCCUGCGCCGCAGCUGGGGCCACCCCUGCCGCACGCCACGAGGGACGCGGUGCUGCGGAACUGCAGCCGCGCGCUGUUCCUGCUGUGUGAUGCGGCCGCGGCUCCUUCCAUCGCGCUGGGCACCACAGCCACGCAGGGCAUGGCGGAGGAGGGGCCGCCCUUUUUGGCAGAGGUAGCCUUGGCUGUGGAGGUUGGCCAGGCGCUGCUGCCGCCGCCACGACAGCUGGGCUCGGGUUCGGCGGAAGAGCACUGCGCAGGUAUCGGCAGGGCGCACGAUUCGCACAGCGCUCCGGCCGAUGUGCUGGUUCGUAUGGUGCAGUGCUGGGACGGCCUGGAGGCGGCGGUGACGGCGGGCGGGGUGCUGGCGUGUCUGGCGCUGCUGGGCGAGGCGGACGCGGGGCUGGCGGCUCGGGCGCGCGGGCAGCUGCUGGCGGCCCCCACGGUGGGGCACCUCGCGGAGCUGCUGUGCCACGUGGGGCCGCUGGAGGGGGACCAGCCCGCGGACCGCACCCAGUCGCCCGCGGACGCAGAUGACGCUGCUGCAGCCGUGCCGCCAGCCCCCGCCGCGAGCCGGCCGCUGUCUCGCCCUUGCGCUGUGGUCUGUCAGUUCCUGUCCCAAGCGCUGUCUGAUGCGGUGGCUGCGAGGCUGCUGUUGCGCCGGGCUGUAUCGGAGCACGCAGUGAGCUGGCUGCUGCAUGCCGCCGCGCUGCCGCUGGCGCUGCGGCGGCAGGUGCUGCGGCAGCUGCUGGGUCCGGAGGGGCGCGGUGCGCUGGCGGCGGAGUGCGCACAGCUGGUGGAUGUGCCGCUGGCUCUGUGCCACGUCAUCUCCGCGCCGCCCAGGUGCCACUCGCUGCUGCCGCCUGGCGUUGCGGGUGAGCUGCUGUCAGCCAGGUGGGCUAGCGACCCGCUGCAGCUGCCGUACCAUCCGCCCCUGCCACCCACUGCGGCCAGCGGGCCCCUGCAGGCCGCACAGCAGGAGGAUGACGACCUGGAGUUUCUGGACGCGGCGGAGUGGCCACAGGGUGAGGGGCAGCAGGCGGGGGCUGCACCGGAGUUCGGGGGCGGGCAUGCGGCCGGCGCGCAUGUCGGCGAGGCGGCGGUUGCAGCCCAUGUUGCAGCCCAGCUGCCAAUGCCCGUGCAGAACUUGGAUGAGCUGUCGCUGCCCACGUCAGCGGAGACGCAGCAGCCGGUCACGACGCUGGCGGCGGCAUGCCGCCUGCUGCUGGCUUCCGGCCGCCUGGACAGCGCCUUCCGGGCCUUCUUUGUGGACCUGCGGGCGGCAGGGAGCGCGAUUGCGAGGUCUCGGCGCCUUGCCGCUGGGCGCUUGGGCGCAUCCGCCGAUGGCGAGGGGCGGCUCGGAGGGGACCCUCAGGGGCCAGCAGAGGUGCACACGCUCGCGGCGGCCAUGAAACUGGCGGCCAGCUGUAGCAGCAGCAGCUGGGGCGGCGGCAGCGUCACUGCCUGGGCGGGCAUGGAGGACAGCGUGGGUUCCCUGACGGCUGGCGCGCACCGGGGGGAGGAGGCGGGGGUGUACGGCAGCGGCGGCGGCUCGGGCCUGGCGGACCUAUUGGAGGGAGCCGCGCAGGCGCCGCUGGGGGCUGGCAUCGCGGCCACCGGCGUCACCUCCGAGGGGGUGGUGCUGGGCUACCGCAGGUCGGCAUCGGGGUCUACCGGUAGCACCGCGGCCGCCGACUGGAACGCCGGAAGCAGCAGCAACGGCGGCAGCGUGGGGGCUUACAGCAGGGCCUCGACCAGUGCUCCUCCCCCCCCAUCCGCCGUCUGUCAGGCGGGUCCGGGCGCCGGGCUGCUGCUGACGGACGUGAUGGCGGCGGUGGCGGGCCUGAUGGACGCCAUGAUGUGGCGCAGCGCCUCGCUGACGGGCGUGCGGGGACUGCGCGGUGGCGGGGUGGACCACGAAGACAGCAUGAGCGAAUCGGUGACGGUGGCGGAGGGGUUGGCGGUGGAGAGCAGCAGGUCGUGCGGGGGAGCCGCAGCAGGGGCUGCUGCAGUGCAGUCUGCUCCCGGCGGCGUGGUGGCGGCGGCGGCAGCGGCGGGGCAGGUGCACAGCGGCGGCGCGGAGAGUGCUGCCAGUGAGCCGCCCGUGUGGCCGGCGCCGAUGGGGCUGCAUGCGGGCACCGCUGGGCUGGGGGCGCUGCGGCUAGCUGCCGCCGCCGCCGACCCCGCAGCACUUGGCGACCACCCCACGCGCCACCGCCGCCGCUACCGCCGCUCGGUGGUGGACGUGCGCAGCGUGUGCCCCAGCGACUCGGAUGGGACCCAAGGGUUCAGCCUGGGCGUGGGCGAGGAGGAGGAGGGGGAGCCUCCGCAUGCAUGCAGCGCGAAGUCAACUAAGGCAGCCACCACACAUGGGGCCGAGGAUGAGGAGGUAGUGGUGUCGGGCGGCGAAGGGGUGGGUCAGCAGGGCAGGAGAAGGGCGGUCAACAUUGCCGCCCAGCACCCACCCAGUCCCGGUUGCGCCGAGGAUGGCAGCACAGAGAAGGGCUCCGUAGCGGCGCUGGAGCACUGUGCGCUGGCUGCCUGGGUGCAUGAGCGGUCUGCCUCGGAGCCCAUUGCGCACCGGCAGGGCGAAGCAGGUGGGGCCGACAUGCUGCUCGGCUGGGCGGGUCGGGAGCAGGCAGCGGGUGGCGGCUGCUCGGCGGAGUGCAUGCUGCUCAUGUCCUCAGUCAGCGAUGACAUGUCACCAUGCGGGGCUGCGGAGCCCGCGGAGGGGGAGGGGCUUGCAGGCGGGUACGACAGAAUGGGGAGCAGCAUGGACCCCGUCGCGUCUGCGGCGGUAACAGCGGCCACGGCGGCAGGCGACGGGUGCAGGUUCCAGGCCAUCGCUGAUAACGUGUUUGGAGCUGCAAACGGGGCUAGCGGCGCCAGCGGAACGGUGGUAGGGGAUGAGAGGAGCCUCCGGACGUCGGCCGUCGCGUCCUGGCUAGCAAGCCAUGCGGAUGCUGCGGCACCGGCGCCCCUGCCGUGGUCGCUAGUCAGGGAGGGUACGUCCACAACGUCGAGCCUGCCGCCGUACACCUACUUUGGAUCCGCUCAGUUGACGGCCGCGGCGCUGGCGGUUCCUGUGGACGUAGCUGCCAUGGCGGCCUCCCUGCUCCCCUCCUCGGGCCGCGGAUCCAACUCCGCAGCCAGCCAGAUCGCCAUUGCGGCCGCUGCAGCGGCGGCAGCGGCUACGGCAGCCACCUGCGCCGCGGGUGACGCUGGCGGCGGCGCCACCACCGCCGCCACCACUCUGGCUGCCUCCAAAGCGGCUGCAGGCAAGGUGGCGGGCGGCGGCGGCGGAGGGCACAUGGGCACGGAGGGCGGCACGGGAGGCGCGGCUCGGUGGCCCCCGGCUGGGUCCUCGGGCGGGCUAGCGCUGUUUGGGGCGUGUGAGGUGCUGUCGGACACGCACCUGGCGUCCGAUGUGGGCACCGGCAGCACGACAACUGCAGCAUGGGUGCCGGAGUCGUCGGGCCCCAACCUGCCCUCCUCCUCCGCGGCUGCGGUUGCUGCUGGCGCGGGCUGGCAGGCAGCUGCCCGGGGGCCGAGCCCCUUCGCCACCGCAGCGGUGCUGCCUCACGCGGCGGCGGCACCCGCAGCAGCUGCAGCCGGGCCGGGGGAUGUUGCGGGCGGGGCAGCGGGCGGUCAGCAGCAGCCCUCGCAGGGCUCCGCUGCCGUGCCGCUGCUGCUCCCCAGCUGGGCCUCCACCUGCGCCUCCACCCCCGCAGUAGCCGCUGCCCGCACCCCCGCCCCCGCUGCUGCCCCCGCCUCGGGCCUGUUGGAGGCGGCACUGGGCUCCGGACGCUCGUUGGAGAGCCCCGGGGUGGUGUUUGAGUUUGGGAGCCUGCAGGUGGAGGUGUCGGCUCGGGCCUUCCGGGCGCUGCGGCGCUCCUCCCCGCUGCUCUACGGCUGGCUGUCACGGCUGCAGGACCGCUCGCGGCCCAUCACCAUCCUGCAGGUCCCGGGUCUGGACGACCUGGCCAACCGGCGUGUCUUCCUGCAGCUGCUGGGCUGGGCGCAGGGCGUGCGGGAGGUGGGGCAGCUGCUGCAGCCGCCCUGUCCGCAGCAACAGCAGCAGCAGCCCGCAGCAGGAGGCCCGGUGGAGGCGGCAGGAGGGCCCUCCGACUGCUGUUGCGGCGGGGAGGGUGAGGCGGGGUGCGAGGGGCCGCUGGAGCAGCUGCGGCAGCUGUGGCAGGCGGCAGACUACCUGCAGGUAGACGAGCUGCUGACGGCGGUGGAGGACGAGCUGGCUGCUCGCUUCACCCAGCACCCUGCAGCCGCGGGCCGGGCAGCCUGGGUGGCGGCGCUGUCGCUGGCCGCUUCGCACUGCCACGCCGCCUCUCGGCUGGCCGGGCUGUGCGCACUGCACUUCAUGCGGCGCUGCUGGUGCCUGCUUGGGGACGAGGAGGCGCUGCUGGCUGCUGCGGGGGGCGCGGCGGUGCUGGGGCCGGCGGUGGCGGCGGAGGUGCGGGACCGGCUGGUGGCGCUGGUGGCGCUUGCGGACCAGGACAGCCUGGGGGGAGGGCUGGGGGGAGCGUGAGGGGGAGGGUGAGGGUGAGAAGGGCAGGGAAAUAUAGAGAAGUGCAGCAACGGAGUCCCAAUUCCGAAGGGGUGGAGUUCAAAGAAGGGAUGUAUGAGGAGGCUUCACCUUGCUUGAGGGCUGAGGGGGAGGGGUAGAGUAGAGGAGAAGCAAGAACCGUAAUCGUGAGGGGCGAGGAGGGUAUAGAGGUGGAGGAUGAAAGUUUUUUUACGUGUGACGGGGAUCCUCCUUGGAGGAGGGGGAGGGGGCUAGAUAUAGAGGAGGAAACUGGAGGGUGGACAGUGAAGGCGGGGAGUCAGUUGGCAGGAGGGACGGCGAGCAGCAGUAUGACGCAGGUGGGGGGGUUAUGCGUGGGGCUGGGUAUGCCCGGCCGCAUUCUUUGUUCACUAUGUCCACGCCUCCCUUUCGCGCGCGUAUCCACAUUCAUUCGCCACAUGUGUAUGGCUACCGGUAUGUUAGCAAGGACCCGGGCACCAGCCUGCGGGGAAUUAGCACUACCGGGGGUAAUGCCGCGUAGCACUGCUUGGGCUUUUUGCUCUUUACUGUCCUGGGUUGCUGUCGAAGGCUUGUGUAGGGGGGCGCGUGUGGGCUGCUGGGGGGUGGAUGGGCGCCGGCAGGGCGCAGAGCACUGCGGACAAACGUGGACGAUCACGCUACCGUAGGUCGAAUAAUAAGACAGGUUUGGAUGGUAGGUAACGCCCUUGUUUGUGUUAUUUGCCAUGGUUACUGUUCUUUUUCCUCCGUGCUCCGCGCUCUAUGGGAUGAUGUUGCACUGUUGUUGAUGCUGCCGCUACUGCUGCUGCUGCGCCGCGGCGGCACGGCUGGGAGUUGCGUUGCUGCUUGUUGUCCCCACGGGGGGCGCACAUGCUUGGGGGGGCGCACGUGCUCGACAUGGGCGCCUUGUCUGAACUAGGUCGGCCGACAACCGACUGCUGUUAUUUCCAAGUCCUUGUUGACACUGGUAUACUUGGCCGCUGGGGGCACUUGCUGUUGAAAGUACAUGGAAACUUGGGGGUGCCAGCAUUUUGCUUGCUCAGGUUUCAAAGGGGGCUUCUAAAAUAAAUACCUGCCGUGUAUUCUCGUGUCAAGUUUAAGCUUUCGCUUGUUGGGCAAAUAAGUCAGAUAUCUCCUCGAGAGCGUGCAAGAGUACACGGUGGCUGUCACCUCGUCAUUCGUGGCCCCCACGGCGGGGUGGUACGGUAGUGGCGGUGCAGGACAGGCAUGUUUGGUUCGUGGGGGGGCGCAAAGAGAGGCACCAGUUGUUUAGUUGUUGGUUUUCGACAUGGGGGUUUAGCAGAGGACGUCAAGAACCUGCAAGUCCGGAUACGUUGGGAGUGCGGAGAUAGUAGGUAUGUACGCGUGUCUGGGGCAGGACGGUGCAUGUAUGUAAUAGUAUUGGAGAGUACAAAAGGACGGGAACCCCCCAUGUGCCCUUCCGAUCGCAG